UCGCUUGCUUUCUUCCUCUUUCUGUCUCUCGCUCUCUUUUUUUCUUCCUUCCUUCCUUCCUCCCUCUUUCUCUCAUAUUCAGGAGCCUCCAUUCCCAGUAUUACCUUUGACCUUGACCUACUCACAGUGCUGCCUGGGGACCAACCCACAAGUGCCCGUGUGAACAGGAGGAAGAGCAGCAGCUCAGGCCCACGCCUGGGAGGCAGCUCCGUGCCCCGGGCUUUCUGGAAGGGGUUCUUCUUCUAAGGGUUGUGCUGCUUCCACGUGAUGGAAAUCUGUUCUCUGACUGUAGGAUGUCAUCCGAGUGCUGGUUAGGGAAACUCCAGCGGGACGGCCGUGCCUGUCCUAUUCUCAUGGAACGAGAGCUGAGAGCAGGUAGAGUAAGACACGUAUCUCAGCUUCUGCGACUGUGGGCAGUUAUCACGUCAGAACGAACACAUCGUCCGAGGCUGCCCCACGUCCUGGCUGAUUUUAAGUACCUACCUGGGGGAAUUGUUCUAGGACCAGAAGGCAUGGCCUCUACUGAUUGCCCGUCAGGAGUCGUGGACAUGAAGACUCAGCACGGUGAUAGCCCGAUUGCAAACCACGUGAGCUCCUCUGACCAGCUUGAGCAGGAAAGGAUGUACUGUGCUGUGAGGGCGAGCAGAGAAUCGCACAGAACGGCGAUGAGUGUUGAGACUAUGUUUCCAGGACCAUCGCCCAGACCACAGGAUGGGACUGCGCAGGUGAGGAAGCUGCCCCCGCCAGUCCUUUUCAGCACCACGCGCUGGACUGGCCAAGACGCCCUGCCCCUCCAGCAGCAAGAUCGCGCCAAGAGCCCGCGCGUGGGUGCGAACGCCAUGCCCCGGACGUGCAGCCGGCUCCGCGGGGCAUCGCCCUUGCGCUGGGGCAGCGAAGCUUCGGAGCGGGGAGGGGGCAUCUCGCACCAGGGAACACGGGCUCUCGAUUGGUGGAUGGACUGAAAAGAGACUUUGGAGGGGCUCCCAGUGGCCACCUCUUGACAACUGAGCAAAAGCAAUAAUAUGCAUUGUUGAUAAACAUAUAUCUAUGAAAAUCCGUGAGUCUGUUACGCUCAAAAGGACAAAAGCCAGAAAAAAUAAUUCAAAGUACUUUGUUACAACUGAAAUAGCUACUGAACCAAUCACACUUUUAAAACUGGGCAGAAAAGGAAGAACAGAGUAUUUAGCCUCCCUUUCCGACAGGGUUUGCUCAGCAAGGCCUGAGACUCAGUGAACAGUCUUGGUGGGCAGAGUAAACCUUUGUUCUACAGAAGGCUCUCUGAUAACAAGAGACAGAAAGCCACGGUCCAGCUACCCUCACGGAUCACAAGCUGGGUUGAGAACUACUGUUGGGGCUGGAAUAUCCCCACGCCGGCCUCCGGCGGCCCCCUCGGAGCACCUGGGAGGAGUCAGCGCCGGGCCCCAUCAGGAGCACGGAUGGCAGCCACGUUUCAUGCCUGCUGGUUCAGAAACAUUCUCUCUGUGCACCUGUGGACAAGCACAUCUUUGGCCUGAGACCAGCUGUCGCAAUAAAGCUGCCAGGCAGGGAGUUGCUAGUCCUCACACAGCUCCUCAGUGGUUUCUGUUACAUCCACCUCCAGCAGCGGCAUCCUGGGGGCCCUGUGGCCACCGCGGCUUAGCUCAGCCCUCAGCAGCCCGUGGGGCCGGCAUUCCCCUCCCAGACCAGCGGCCUGCCCUCCUCGCACCCCCGGGGACCCUAGAAGCCCACCACCCUGCCUGGGGCUUCAGUCCCAGGUAACCCGGCUUCGCUCUUGUUGGCUUCUCUUCUGAUCCUGAAAAACAAAAUUAUUUUGAGAUAAUCAAGUGACUUUGAAGCAAUAUAACGUCACGUCGGGGUGUCAGGACGCCAGAUGUUGUAACAGCCACUGCUGCCUUCUGCAGCCGCCUGCAGAGGCGUCGGAGAAAACAGCUGAGAAAUCCCAGACGGAGAGGGGAGGAGAGGGGAGGAGUGACCGCACCGGCUUGAGUGGCAGGACUGACCACCGCCCUGUGCCUGGGGAGAGCACCGAUGGGAGCUGUGUGGUCCCCAGCCAGCUGCCUGGAGGAGUUACGAAACUGGAUUUCUCAACCAUCUCCCCCUGACGGUUUGCCACGUCUGCACCCGGGGAGGAGCACUUCCCGGGGCCAGGACUCCCACUGCCUGCCAGUUGGAAAGUCCAGGCAGUGCAGAAAGAACUUCGCACUGGCCGCCUCCGCCUCGUGGACCUGUCACGCGGAGGAAGGAGAUGCUCUGGGGCUGAAACCCUCGCGGCGCUUUGGACCUGGCAGUGACGUCGCUCAUCUUGGACGUUACUCACAGCGCAUGCACAUCCAUAAACGCCGUAUUCUAUUCUUUGAAACGAAAAAUGCUUUGAGCCCCUGAGUAUUAUUUAGAGAGAGUGUUAUGUGAGGUCAUUUAAACAUCUGAAAAUACAUCCCUGGGGUUUUGAAGUAAUUAAGCUUUGCGUCUAC